AUGGCACUGCACAGUCCUUCAACAUCUACAUAUAAAGAUCAUUUAAAAUUAGCUGUAUACACAUGGUUACAGCAAGUGGAUAAAACACAAAUAUUACAGGUGAAGCCAAAUGUUUAUGUAGUACCAUCAAAACAUGGAAACAUGAACACAACAACAUGGGUUCAACAAUUUUAUGCAAUGGCUCGGAGCAGUUAUGAUGAAUUAACUAAUUGGCUCAAUUCAGCACGUUUAGUGAACUGUUCACGUCUACUACCACCAUUAUUUUGUACAUGUCAAACUGGUUUAAAAGAAUAUACUUGCAUACAUGCUUUAAGUUUAUUAAUAUCAAAAUCGUUAACGUUAAAUGAUGAUGACUGCUAUGUUCGGGUGUUUCUUUCAAUCGUAUCCUUCUAUUUUGUGCCAGCAUACAGUAAAGUAACAUUAUUAUGCUAUUUAACAAGUGAAUUUCUUGACGCUCUGGGUGGACAUUCAGCUCGUGCUUUAUGCCAAAGAAAUCCAGUUCCUCGUCUUUAUUAUACAUCAAGAGUAAGAGCACUAAUGGGUUUAAAACUGCCUAACUUCCACUCCGAUAUGGAACCUGCCAAUAAUAAUAGUAAUACUACGUCUGAAGUCAAUCUUGAAGAUAGUUCACUUUAUGAUCUUAAUAAGACUCACCACCAUCAUUUGUCAACACCAUCAUCAGUUCAAACAUCAGACAGAUUAUUUACUUCUAAUAAUCCUCCAAUAUAUGGUCGAUCGUGGAUGACAGUACCUGAUUGGUCCAGAAAUGAAGUACCAAUAAACAAUACUUUCUUAUUUUAUCGUCUCUAUAUACUUGAUUCAUUGACUCGAUGCGUUCAACAAGAUGAAUCAGAUAUUUCGAAUAAAACCAUAUCUACAAGUCUUGAUACUCAUUACUCUUCACCAGAAUCAUAUCGUACGUUAGUACAAGUUUCAGCAGCCAAACACUAUUCAAAACAACAAAAUCUCCCACCUGUAAUAUUGAAACCACGCAUCAAUCGUUCUAAAUCUAGAGGAUCAACUCGACGUCGUUUCUGUUUGUGUGUAGCGAGUAUUAUUCUCGCUCUGGUUAUCUCUAUUUCGACAAUGAUCAUCGUAAUUGUGUGGACUACAAUAUUACGAACAAAACGUGGAUGUGAUUGUGCCAAAGGCUAUGAUUCAGUGUUAACCAAUUCCCUCUGUACCUGUGUUGAUCGUGAUGAAUGUAUUCUGGAUCGACCAUGCAGUAGCGUCAACUCUCAUUGUGUAAAUUCUUUGGGUAGUUAUGUAUGUCAAUGUCGUCUAGGAUUCAUUUUUGACAAUGAUGGUACAUGUAUCGAUGUCAACGAAUGUUUAACACAUUCACCGUGCAAUCCACGAACGAGUAUAUGUAUCAAUCUUCCAGGUCAAUAUUAUUGCCAAUGUUUACCCGAAAUCGUUUUUUCACAAAGGAACGGCACUAAUAUUGAUUGCAUUCAUCGUGAUUUAUGUGAAGAAAAUCCACUGAUUUGUGGUCAACAUAGUAAAUGUUUAUCAAACAUUGAUAUUGGUGGUUACAAAUGCCAUUGUGCAACAGGAUUUGAGAGAAAUACAAAUGGAAUUUGUACGAAAAUAGAUGAAUGUUUAACCAAACCAUGUGACUCUGAUAGACAUUGUAUAUUGACAGCUGAUAGAUACGACUGUUGUCGUUCAAACAUCACUCAAACAGGAUCAUGUUCCCAAUGUGGAAUGUCAAAUUCUCAUAUACGAACAGCACGUGUUGUUGGCGGAGAAGAGGGAUAUCGUGGUCAGUUUCCAUGGGUCAGCGUUCUUGGCAUGUAUUACAGAGAUGAUUUAAACCGGUGGGUAAACGUUACACAAAAAUGUGCUGCUACUUUAAUCGAUAAUUUCCAUCUUCUAACAGCAGCACACUGUUUAAGUUCGGCUUUGCCUACGUUUGAAUAUAUGCGUUUACCAAAUCGUUAUCAAAAGACGUUAAAAGAUACGUAUCGCGUCUCGUUUGGUGUCCACGAUAUUCAACGAGAUAUAAAUCUAACUACUACUUAUGCAUUAGAAAGCGCUUGUAUUUAUCCUAAUUAUAAUCACAAUACACUGUUGCACGACAUAGCUGUUUUAACGCUAAAAGAGCCGAUAGUACGAAAUUCAUAUACAGAUACAAUUUGUAUGCCAGAUUUGACAACGAAUGGUACUGACUAUCCAAAAGCUGGAACCAACGUAAAAGCAUACGUUGCCGGUUUUGGGUCAAAUUCUGAGUAUGGAGCUAGUUCAAAUGUUUUAAUGUAUGCUGAUCUGCUUAUCCUACCUCGUAAUCUGUGUCCAUCAAUGGAAAGUGAAAGAUAUCAAAUUUGUGCUGGAUGGAAGAAUGGACGAAAAGAUGCAUGUAGAGGAGAUAGUGGAGGACCGCUAAUGUUAAACGUGAAUAAUACGUGGUAUCUAGCGGGUAUCGUGUCUUAUGGUGAGGGCUGUAGUAGAGAAAAUAGCGCAGGUAUCUAUACACGCGUUGUCGUCUAUUUGGAAUGGAUUAAACAAGUCGUGAGUGCAACUAAUAAGGCGCAUCUCAAUUGCAGUCGGGCAUACGAUUAUAGUACAAUUGGAGUUCUCACAAAAUGA